GCCGUGAAAGAUCAUAUCUUCUACUUUUGGUUCUGGCACGUGAUGCUUUGCUUGCUAUUAAAUGUGAUGAGGAAUGUUGAAGAUCUGAAAAAAUGAAUUAUCUAUCGUUCCAAUGCGGUUUUGCGACAAGCUGAGAUCCUUGUUCUUGAGAAAUGAAACAAAAAUACCACGAAAGCGCCACGCGCAUGGACUACUUUGCUUUUGCUUAUGAAAACUUUUACGCAACUUGUAACAAAUCUAUCUGCUCCAGGCCUAAAUUAUCUCUGAAUUCAUCUUCAUCUCGUUUUUCGAGCACGCAAUUUCCUCACUGAAUACCUCCCACGAAUUCAUCAUUUGUAGGACGAACGUCACGCUACAUACCUUGUUAGUAUAGAGUCAACAUUGCAUGCAAAUAGACCUCCUAAAAGUUAUAUCUUCGCAUCUUGUCUAACCUCUUGCUUCCUCGCUCACGCCAAUUUUUCAUUGGUUGACUAUACUUUGACUUGUUGCUAAGAACAAGAAUUGUUGGAGUUGUAAUCUUCCACUUAUAUUUCAAAGAAGAUGGCGCUGAAGGGUUCUACUACCGUUGGUAUCGAUAUCGGUACCGCAGACAGUAUCAUCGCAUACGUCUGCAAGAAUGGUGUCGAUGUUGUGCAGAACGAGGUGUCUUCGCGAAAGACCCCAACUGUGGUCGGGUUCAACGACCGUGAGCGUCUCUUGGGUGAUGCCGCUGCCGUUGUCCAGAAGAGCAACUUCAAAAACACGUACUUAUGAUUCUUUUGUCUCUCGAAGACUUCGGACGGUCAUGUAGCUUCCAUUCCCAUACUUGAUAAAUAUGUUGAAGUAGUAUUAGACGUCGUCGUAGAAAAAAUAAAAACUGCUACUUAUUUUCUGAUUGAAUUAUACUUACACUAUAAAAGGCGCAAUUACAAUUUUUCCAUAUAACUGCCACAGCGUGCGCAACUUCCGACACAUCAUGGGACCGAUGACAAUGUGCGCGGAACAGAUCUCCCGGGAGGAAUUUUGGCAAUUGGCAGAGUCUCUGGAGGGCCCGGCUGAAGAUGGAGCCAUCAGCUACCGAGUGAACUACCGAGGAGAGGAGAAAAUUUUCUCGGCCACCCAAAUUAUGGGUAUGUACCUCACAAAAAUGAAGGAAACCGCAGAACAGUGGUGCAACAGCAAGGUAUUCAUCAUGAUUUACCAAUUUUUGUAUGAGUUGAAAUGCAUGAUAUAACUAUACGGCCGCCGACUGCGGCAGCCAAUGACAAGAUGUGCCCCCUUUUGUGAUAAUAAAGACGGGAGCGGCGUCUGAAUGCCGAUAGAGCUUCAUUGUUCGCGUGGUUCUACUUAUCCUGGAAUUAUACGUUGCUGAGAAAUAACAGCAAAAGAAUAUAUGGCUGGAUAGUUAUAUAUGAUCAUAGUACCUCGCGCUUCCGGUUCCGCAAGAGCAAACUCAGAUUAUCGAAUACUACUACUUCUAGUACUCGAAUUAUAACGUUAACGACUACAUCAACAUUUACAUAUUUUCACUGAGGGGAAUUUCUUCCUUCCUCUCAACCUGCCCAUAGAAGAUAGAUGUGAAGCAUACUUCUACCUGCCUCUUUAUGACUACAACAGGUUAUCGACGUUGUGAUUUCCGUGCCGUCGUAUUUUAACGACUUCCAGCGACAGGGUAUGUUGGACGCAGCGCAGGUUGCGGGCUUGAACUGCCUCCGAUUGAUGAACGAGCACACCGCAACUGCUCUCGCGUACGGCAUCUAUCGCGUGAAAGAUUUCGACAACGAGAAGCCGACCGUGACCGCUUUUGCGCACAUGGGUCACAGCAAUUUUUCGAUUUCGAUCUGCUCCUUCAAUAGUAGAGGUCUGCAGGUCCUCGCGGAAGUGUCCGACGUCCAGUGCGCGGGCCGCGAGAUGGACAAAGUGCUGGUGGAGCACUUCGCCGAACAGUUUAACAAGAAGUUCGGCUGCAACCCGAUCAAGAGCAAGAAGGCAAAACUGAAAUUGGAAGAUGCGGUGCAGAAGUGCAAAAAAAUCCUGUCCGCCAACGACGAAGCCAGCGUCAGCGUAGAGUGCCUCAUGGAAGACGAGGACUUGAGCGGACGCAUCACGCGUGACGACUUCGAGUCCCUCUGCGCGCCGCUGCAGAAGCGCGUUGAAGACGCAAUCGCAAAAUGCUUGUCCGAAUCCGGCCUCAGCAGCAUCGAUGAGAUCUCCUUUGUCGAGAUCGUGGGUGGAGCAUCUCGCGUCCCGUGGUUCCAGAGAAUCAUCAAGGAGAAGCUUGGUACUUUAAUUGAUUGUACCUACGGACUCGUGUCCAAAUAAAACAUCUACUUCUACAUGAUCAAUUUUCUCUUUCAUCUUCAUCCUAUGUAGUUAUAUUCUAGCUUCUUAUAACCCUGCUCAUGAUGAACAAGAUGAAAUCCCUCUCCCUGCUACCACCUCAGGAAAAGAGCUUUCCCGAACGCUCAACGCGGACGAGUGCAUUGCUCGCGGCUGCGCCCUUAUGGCGGCGAUCCUUAGUCCAGCAUACAAAGUGCGUGAUUUCGGAGUGGAAGACAAGGUUCCACAUGGAGUUACCAUCACCUGGAUGGGCUCUAAGGCAGAUCCAGUCGACGCAGACAAAGAUGGCGACGAAGCCAUGCCAGACGCAGCUGAAGCGGUAUUCUUCAUUAUGGCUUCUAAAAAGCAAAUAGUAGUAUUUGUUGUUGGCCAGUGCCUCCAGGAUGUUCAGAAAGCACGAGGACAAGAAUAUUCCGUUAUGAGUCCAAAAAAACAUCUUGUGCGGAAAUGUAAAAGAAGUUCAAUACAUCUGUACAGCAUCUUCAUUCAACUUCAUGAUAAUAUUAGAUCCAAAGAUUUUUGAACUACAGGCACCGGAAUCUGGUUUCACAGAAAAGAGUAUGGAAGUUUUUGACGCAACAAAGGACAAGAUGAACGCGCGAAAGUACAUCACGUGGUACCGGCAUAACCCGUUCGAUCUCGGAGCAAAGUAAUUACAUACUGAAUUGUUUUUUGAAGUUCAUUGUUCCUAGGAAUUUUUAGAAGACAGGAUCUUGAGGUAGAUGUUGUGCACCUUGCAUCAGGGCGAGGACGUACUCGAUUGGUUCCAAAUAUCGCUGAAAAUUACAGAGUUAAAACUAAAACUCCCGAACUAAAAUUAAUAACAAGGUACACUGCCGACGGCACUUCGAUCGGACAGUACCGCAUCGAGAUGGGCGAGCAUGCUGAAAAGAAGAAAGUAAAGAUUGAAGCUAAGAUGAGCAUUCACGGAAUUUUCUCCGUCGAUAGCGCAACUAUCGUCGAGACUGAGGAAUACGAAGAAGUAGUGAAGGAGAAGCGAGAAAUCGUCGAAGAAGCCGGUGACGUCGCCAUGGAAGGUGGCGCUGAGAAGCAGGGAGAAGCCGGAAACGGCGAGAACAAGGAACAAACCAACGGCACCCCGAGUGAAACUAGUUCCGCAGCAGCCGAGGGCGCGUCCCAGGACGGAGAGAAGAAGGAAGAAACCAAGAAGGAAGAACCCAAAAAACCAAAAUACGAGUGGGUCGAAGUCAAAAAGCCAAAAAAGAGGACGAAGCGCACGCCACUAGUGGUAUCUAUGAACAUAUUUCUAGGAUGAAUGUGGUGCUGAAUCAGCUGAUUAUGUUUCUGUGCUCUACUUUAUUGCUAUUAGAUCACGAAAAACUCUCUAGCUACUUUAUUUUUCUGAGGGAGCCUCGUCUACUAAUCACGACUACUUUCUCCAACUACUUUUAGGUCACGCCAUCCGGCAACCCGGGCACAGGCGAGAAACUCAUGGCCGCAUUCAAGGAUGUCGAGAGCAAAUUGCUUUCCGACACCAAAGAUGUCAAGGAGAACGACAACAGGAGAAACGAUUUGGAGAGCUACAUCUAUGCCAUGAAGCAGAACGUCGCAAAUGAAAAGGGCGACUGGGCAGCCUAUAUCCAGACUGCUGCACGAGAACAGUACGGCACGGAUCUCCAGACCGCAGAGGACUGGCUCUAUGACCAUUUCGACGCCACAACUGUGGAACUCUGCGACAAGUUGGCGGAACUUCAGGGCGUCGGCAAGCCAGUGCAAAAACGAUUCCAGGACAGACAAGACCUGAAAAACUACCUUCCGACAUUCCAGCAAGCGGUCUCGCAAAUCCGCACGCAAGCGAACAACCCAUCAGACGAGUACUUUCUUAUACUUUUUUUCAAGCAAAGAGCAGAAUUAUUGAUCAUCAAAAGUUUCUUCUACUUUUUCUUAUGCUUGGAGAUUGAAUCCUAUAAAGUUGUUAAUGAUAAUUCGUCGUACUGGAACACUCACAGCUUUGCGCAUAUCGCGGCCGAAAAGAAGCAGAAUGUCGUCGCAGCAGCAGAUCAGCUCGAAUCUUGGGCUUCAUCGCAGGAGCAAGCAGUUAAUAGCAAGCCACUCUUCGAGGAUCUCGAUGCCGCUUUCUCGGUACUUACAUGCUCAUUCUACUCAGCAUGAAUAGCUGCUUCAUCGUACUACCAGUAGAUCGUGAUCGUCUUGCUUCGCAAUAUUUCUUCAAUGCUCCAUGGUAUUAAUGUUUCUAUGCUGGUAUCACAAUGAUUUUGAAAGAAUAAUCCACCAAAAUCGAAAACCAGGUUGCGAUCCUUCAGACGAAGUUGGCAGAGGUUGCCAAACUCUGCAAGCAGGUUAUGUCUGAGCCGAAGCCGGCACCGCCACCAGCACCGGUCGAGACAGAGGGUGAGCACCAGGCAGCAAAGGACGAACCGAUGGGAGACGACGCUGCUGGCUCGAAGCCGGAAGGUGAUGAGGGCAUGACCGAAAGCGCCCAGGAAGAACAGGGUGACGGUGCUGCCGACAAGACUCAGACCAGCGGCGAGGAGACCAAGGCUGGCACUUCCGCUGAUGGCGAGGCAACGGAAGCUAUGCAAGUUGACGAGUAAACAUCUUCUCCGAAUCAGGUGCCUUGAUUCAUACGGAGAACGAUAUAAGAGUGGCAAAUCAUGCAUGAACAAGCAGUUGCGGACGUUGCACAAAAGCAAAUCUAUAAGCAUACAUCAGAGACAAAGCGUCGAGGAAACUUCGACGCAUCACCGAAUGAUUUUAUUAUAUGUACCUUGGAUUGUGAUUCACCACCCAACUGGAUCACUGAAAUUGGCUUUUUUGGCUUAAAUUUCUAUUUUUAGAAUUGUCUGACGUAUCAAUACUCACGGAGGGUCGCCGAGAUGACAUCGUUUGCACGGAUAUCAUCUCAUCCUCCCUCCAUGUAAUACAUGAUGCAAUAAAAUGAAUUCUUCAAUGAGUAUGCUCCUUCUACACAUCAAGAACUAGAUCUUUCCAAUUUCUAAACAAUCAUCUUACUUAUAUAUAAUAUGCUUAGAUAUAAUAAUAAGUUAGUACUUGCUUAGUUGAUAAGAAUACCGUUUUCGAAAGGUUUGCAUGGUGGUGUCCUACCGUCAGUCACCAGUCUUCGGCAUCAAAAACUAUUCAUCUAUCAUGAUCAUAUUCACGAUUUCGUCGACAUAUCUUUUCUAGAUGCAUGAUGAUGUUGCCUACUUGCGCCAGGGCGUGGUCUCGGCCUCCGUCGAUCAAAUUCAAAGCGCUGUUGUUCGGACAGGGCUAAGCUCCGUGUGCAGCAAAGUUGAUUUUAAAGGCUUGGUAAGUAGUUGCAACUGCAUGAUCAAGUUCUGCUACGUUCCGUUGGAGAAUCGUCCGUAAAUGGCAAUCAGGAUCCGAUUGUUGUAAGGACACUUCUUCUUGUUUCAGUAAAUGGCAACUACAACCUCGCAGCAUGCAAUAUAUUUUAGUCAUCGACGAUGUGGGCGCCGCUUAUAUUGGAUAUCGUCAGACAGACGAAACAAAGUGCCAAGAGCCAUUUGAUCGAUAUAUCAUGCUAUUCUCGGAUGCGAAUGUGGACACAUCAUUCAUCCCUUUUCUUACUUCUAGACGACCAGCACCGAAAGAAUCAGAAUGCACUUCUUGAACAUGCUAGUAGAUAAUGUUCUUCAUCAUGCUAGUUUCGAUUUUUUUGGUUCGGCUACAUGAUUGAGACGACCGACGGCGACGGGGACUGGACGCAAAACCAGAAUCAAACCACAUUGAUUUGUUUAUUUCUGAAUGGAUGCAUCAGGAGAUAUUUUUAGUUUAUUUAGUUCAGACCAGCAUUGCGGUAAGGCGAGUAGCAGAGAAACCAACAUUUCUGCACGGUGUCGUUACAACAGGCAGCAUACGAAGCGCAGGCACAAGUGGGGAAGUUGUCCGUUCUAUUAUGUAGUAAUAGUACUAGGUCUAGAUGGUUGUAAUCACCACGAGGUGGAAUACUUCCGUUUCUUCCCUCUCGUCUUGUGCUCCACAAACCUUCCUGGGUGAUCAUCUUCCGCCUGAAUGUAUACCACUUCCUGUUCCUGAAUUUCGCACCUCCAAGGUAAAAGAGCAUUUCUCACUCAAGGCAGGCAACUGCGUUUAUGUUGUUGACUGCUGGUUCUUGUGCCGCCGAUGUAAGUAGUUGUUAUCAAUUCUUGGCGUGUUCUCCUACUAGCUGCAGCUGCGAAUGGUCGUGGUACUGCGGAAAAUCCAGAAAUUUAGAUCCCCGCCUUGGUCUUGCCGAAAAUCAAUUAAUUGGAUCCGAUUGUGAGUAACUCACGUCAAUAUAUAGUAUAUUUUCGACCAUCUCGACUGACUUCUGCAGAGGAAUGACAAUCACCCAGAAUGAAGUGGCGGAACCGAAUGUCGGCAUAGUGAAUGAGAAUUUCUGCACUCAACAAGAACGUUCUCCUCGAGGCAUGUUCAGC